AUGGAGCUAUUUAUGGAUCCUGAUAAGUUUUCAACUAGCGACGGCCAAAAGACUGCGCCACCUUUUGCACCGCCUGCUGCGCCGCCUGCUGCUCCUACCAGCACCCGCAUCGACUACAGCAAGUGGGACCACCUCGAGGCCAGCAGCGACGAGGGGGAGGAGGAGGAGGAGGAGGAGGAGGAGGAGGAUCAGGAGGAGGAGGAUGCGGACGAGGAGGAGGAGGAUGAGGACGAGGAGGAGGAGGUGGAGUACAUAUUGGGACCGGACCUGAAGUCAAGAGGAGCCGCUGGAAGCAUUGGUGGAGGAAAGGCCAAGAGCGCGGAAACUUUGCUGGAGAAAGGCAGCAGCAUGCACGAGGAAACAGCGCCCAAGUCACAGGCAUCAUCAUCAGCAUCAGCUGCAGCAGCCAAGCCAGGCAAGGCCAAGGGCGAGCCAGGAGAGCGAGAGGAAGAGGAGGGAAUUCAUCGAUCAGCAGGUGCUCCGAAACGACCGGAGCAGCAGCAGGAGGGUGUCCAGGUCCUGGAUCGAGCGGACAUGGUUCACUACUUAGACGUGAGGAACGGCUGGGAUUUAGCCGCCUGCGAACCCUGCUUCGAUCGUGUGGUCUCCCGCCGGUCAAAGCUCGCCCUGGGUCUCCACAGCCUGAGGGACUUCCGCUCAACCCUACGGCGGCAGCUGAAAGAAUGCGUCCCCCUCGUGCCACCAGCCAAUCAGGCAUCGUCAGCAGCCCAGAAGGCAAAGGCACGGGCGAUUGAAGAGUUUUCCUCAGGGGUUUCUGUACCGGAGGGGGCGCUGGGAGGGACGCAAGGGGUGCAGUCCUCUCGAGAGCGGUACAAGUGGAAGUGUGAGCAGGCGGCGGGGAUUUGUGCUGAGGCGAUGGUGCUAGAGUGGAUGGCUGAGCCGCGUGUGGGUGUGCUCAUGGACCUUGGGAUGAUCAGAUCCCGCCUGCCGGGUAUUCUAGGGGUUGAAAGCCCUGCUGCUGAAUCCCCUGCUCCUGCUGCUGUCUCUGCUCCUGCUGCUGCCCCUGCUGCUGCUGCUGCUGCUGCUUCUGCUUCGUCCGUUGCUUCUACUGCCGCCCCUCCUGUCGCUGCUGUUGCUGCGGUCACUGCUCCAGCCCAUGCCCCUCAUCCCUCAGUCGCCUGGUCCUGCUGCUACCGCUGCAGCAGCUGCUGGGCUGCCUACCGCCGUGCUGUCAGCUUCGCCACCUUCCUUCUGGGGGCGGGCAGGCAGGAGGAGGAGGAUGGGCUCGCCUCCCUGCUAGUGCAGGUGCUUGGGGUGAAGGACGCUGGUGAGUUGAAGGAAGGGUUUGGGUUUUUCAUGGAGAAUUUGCUGUCUGGGGGGGUGAGGGAACGCGGGGAAGGGGAGAGGAGGGAAGCGAGAGCAGGGGGGGCGGGAGGAGGGGCGGGGAGGGGGGUUGGGGAGCAGGCGGGAGGGGAGGGAUGGCGGAUGUUUGAGGAGAUGAUGGGGAUGAUGCGCAUGAUGGGUGCGGGUGAUGCGCCCACAGCGGCAGAUGUUAUGACGAGGAUGCGGCAUGUCAUGGGCGCGGACGGGGAGGAGGAGGGGGGUGGCACGGUGGUGUGUCUGGUGGAUGAGCGUGAGAGUGGGGGGAGGGGAGGGAGACGUGGUGAGAGUGCUGGGAGGAAGGUUGGGAAGGAUGGUAAGUGGAGGGAGCACCUGAAAGGGCCUGUGUGGGAGAGGUAUGUGGAUGGCAUGGCUUGGAUUCUGGAGCAUGGAGGGGGGGAAGGGAGGGAGUUCAGGUGCAGCCACUGCAGUGAGAAUGGCAGCAGCAGCAGCAGCAGCAGCAGUUGUAGUGGCAGCACGAGCCUGGAUAGUCCUAUGGGCCACCGUGCUCCCAAGGGCAUGUAUCUGAGCGGUGUGGGCGCAACCGAAUUCGCCCUUGCGUGUGCCACUGUGAUCUCUAACAGCGGGCAGCGCAAGCAGGGCGAGGUGUUCUGUAUGGACGCUGAGAGUGCGAGCAAGGCACGCGUGGAAGAUGCAGCAAUGGAGAAGGCCAAGGAGUGGCUGAGCCGGGACAUAGUGGCCCGGGCGAGGAUGAAAUGGGAGACGGAGAUGGGACAAGUUGCUUUCUUAUCCGACAUCAUUGCUUCGGAUCCGAACGGACCUGAAAUCGCUGCUGCUGAUGCUUAUUCCGCUAGCCUCACUGACCCACCCGCCCCCUCCCUCCUCCCUGUCAACAACACGAACCCGAUCGUCUCAGCAAUGACGUAUCGGGCUGGCUGUAUCCUGCAGUGGGUGCGAAUCUACGGCUCAGAUUCCAUCUCAGCUAGGAGGUGCUUCAAGGGGAGCCCGCACGGCAGAAUCCUGCCCAUGCGGCACCCACUUCGAGACCUUCCGAGCCUGCUAGUCAGGCUAGGUGCCAUCCCCAAGCCUGUGCCUUGGAAGCAGUUUGAUUCGGAGUGGGAGGAGUGGCCACGUGGUGAGGAAGAUGCAGUGAAGUUCCCUGACGAUCAGAGCGUGCGUUGCUUUCGUCUGGGAAUUGUAGAGGAGGCGGGGGCGGGAGAUAACGAGAACAGGGGAAGUGGCACGGGGAGCGGCGGGGGGAGCGGUGGGAAGCGUGGCAAGGGACGUGGCAGAGGGAUCAGUGGGAAGGGGGGAGGGGGAGCGCACCCCUCUAGAGCAGCAACAACCCCCCGGAACAGAGCCAUGCCCAUCAUGCGAUGCGCAGCAGACGCUCAUUUCCUGGUGGAGUUUGCCGUCUACCCCCCCGCAUGCGCCCGCUGCCGCUCGUGCCUCGGCCAAUUCACCUACCACAUCCCCUUCCUCACCCUCCUCGCCAAUUUCGCCUAUCGCCCCGCCACCGUCCUUCUCAACCGCUUCCUCUCCGUCUUCCCCCCGCGCUCCCCGGAAUUCUGCAAGCUAGUGGACCUGCUGCUGUUAGAGCCGUUCCCUCGGGGCACCUGUGCGGCGUUCCAGGUGCAGGUGGUGAGGGAGAGAGCGGAGGAGAUUCCGGUCUACUUUCUGCUCAACGUGGCUCUGUACUGGCCGAAUGCGAUGCUGCAGGUCGAGGAGAUUGGCAUGGUCGGCCGCGACGAGUGGAAGGGGGAGCUGCUGGGGAGGGGAGGGAGGAAGGCAGGGAGAGGGGAGCGUGGGGGUGGUGCGGGAGGAAGAGGAGAGGAAGAGGAGGAGGAUGAUGGGGAGGUGUGGGAGGAGGUGAAGGACUGGGGCUUUGCAGUGCUGAUUGCGUGGAGGACGGAUGCCAUGACCGAUCUGAUUGACGACUGCAGAAGCGGCAGCAGCGGCGGGUCGCCACGCAAGUGCAGCAAGGAUGUGGCGACAGAGCUGUGCAACAGGUCGUUAGAGUCGAGGUUCUGUGAGGAGUGGGACCACGGGGUUCCUCCUGCCAGCAGCAGCACCUUCUACAGCAGCGGCAGCAGCAGCAGCAGCAGCAGCAAAGAGGGGAAGGGGAAAAGGGAGGAGGAGGAGGAGGUGCCGGCUCAUCUGAAGGCAUGGCCAGGGGGAGUCAAUCUGGUGGCUUGCCUGCGAGAGAUGCUGCUGGGGGAGCCCUGCUACCGCCCUGCCCCUGCUGCUGCCCCAAGCACUGCUGCUGCUGCUGCUGCUGCUGCUGCUGCUGCUGCUGCUGCUGCUGCUGCUGCUGCACCAACAUUUGCUGCUCCAACCUCUGCUACUUCUGCACCAAGUUCCAUUUCUGCAAAUGCACAUCAAGGCAGUGAAGCCCCCGGUGGUUCCAAGAGGCGUGUGUGCGGUGCUGCAGGGUGUGGCGCGGUGGAGGGCAGUGGUGUGAAGCUGAGGAGCUGCUCUGGGUGUGGCAAGGUGGCAUACUGCGGCAGGGAAUGCCAGAAGGCCCACUGGCCCUCGCACAAGCUCGCAUGCCCCGGCAGGGCCGGUGGGAAGAAGAGUGAGAAGAGCAAUGACAAGGUGGGUGGCAGGAACGUUGGCAAGGGCACUGGGUGGAGGGAAGUACAGGUGACAGCAGGGUAA